CCAUUUGUAUCAUCAAAUACAUCCACCCAUCAACAACGCACCGGCAAGCAUCAGCGGAUCAUCAUCAAGCAGAUCGAACGAACCCCAAGACACAACCGGCCGUCGACUAGCGCAUCUCCAACGACUGAAACAAUGGCGCACCACUUCCUGGGCAACAAGCACCAUGGAGGAGAGGCGGCCAAGGUGACCGACUGGCGCAAGGAGGAGAAGCACCACAAGCACAUGGAGCAGCUCGGCCAGCUCGGCGCCGUCGCUGCAGGAGCCUACGCUAUGCACGAGAAGCAGAAGGCGAAGAAGGACCCGGAGCACGCGCACUCGCACAAGAUCAAGGAAGGGGUCGCCGCCGCCGCCGCCGUGGGCAGCGCCGGCUUUGCCUUCCACGAGCAUCACCAGAAGAAAGACGCCAAGAAGCACCGCCACCGUGGACACCAUCACCACUAGUUACUGACGGCUUCCAUUCUCAUUUGUUACCGGGCGCGCCUGGCAGUCUUGCUCAUAUAUAUGCACCGACCGUCGAUUUAUCUACCAGUUUUAGUAUACAAAUAAAUGGGGUCUCUCGAAUAUGUAUGUAUAUAUCAUCGUAACGUCCUAGUAUAUAUUAUUACUGUGUGUCACGUACUAUUUUUUACUAUGAUUUUAUAUUUGAUUUAUUAUUGUA